UUAGUGCUAUAUGAUUGGUUCUCAACCUGUUGUUUGUUUGCAAGCAACAGUGCGUGCUCUGCAGGCUGCUGGGUUGUGCUUUGUGAAAGAUGGCCUCUGGACCUUGUGUGAGGGUGUUGUUGCUCUCACUGUUGGCCUUCAGCAAGCAUGCUGAGGCUCUUACUUACAGGAGGAGCUACUCCAGUGUCAUUAAGCCUUAUUUUGGGAAGCCUGAGGAUUUUCCACACAAUCAGUAUCCUGUCUCCAGACAUAAGAGCUAUGCACAACCCCGAAGCUCUCUGGGUGUUUAUGGGCCUGAAAAUGGGUCACCUGAGAGUUCUUACCCCACUGCUGCAGGUCUGCCUGGUGGUGCUGGUGCUUCCUCUGGUAGGCCAUUAAAUGGUUACCUUCAACAAGAAAGCAUGUCUAGCUACAGAUCUGGCUCAUCACAACCCCACAAACCAUCAUAUUACCAGGGUGAUACUGAUGGUGCCCUCCAGUCCAAGGAUGCCAUGUGGGGUUUGGCACCAUCCCAGAAAAGAAACUGGAUUGACGCAGGAAUCGUCUCAAGUUAUCCAAUUGAGAUGCGUUCUGUGCCCCAGCGGCCAAGUAAUGAGCACCAGACCCAGCCACACGACAAGCAAGAACAGUUUAGCGAUGAGUCCAGUAUGUUUCAGUCUCGGCCCCAGCCUCGCCCGCUGCCCCAGCAGCCACGCUACGAGGCCAGCAAGCCCCAGGCCCGGCCUUUCCCCCAGCAGCCACGCUACGAGGCCAGCAAGCUCCAUGCCCAGCCUCUGCCUUUCCCCCAGCAGCCACGCUACGAGGCCAGCAAGCUCCAUGCCCAGGUACAACCCGAGCGUGAACAGUUGGGCGACGAGUCCAGUAAGUUUCAGCCUCGGCCUUUCCCCCAGCAGCCACGCUACGAGGCCAGCAAGCCCCAGGCCCAGCCUCAGCCUUUCCCCCAGCAGCCACGCUACGAGGCCAGAAAGCACCAGGCACAGCCUCAGCCUUUCCCCCAGCAGCCACGCUACGAGGCCAGCAAGCUCCAUGCCCAGGUACAACCCGAGCGUGAACAGUUGGGCGACGAGUCCAGUAAGUUUCAGCCUCGGCCUUUCCCCCAGCAGCCACGCUACGAGGCCAGCAAGCCCCAGGCCCAGCCUCGGCCUUUCCCCCAGCAGCCACGCUACGAGGCCAGCAAGCCCCAGGCCCAGCCUCGGCCUUUCCCCCAGCAGCCACGCUACGAGGCCAGCAAGCCCCAGGCCCAGCCUCGGCCUUUCCCCCAGCAGCCACGCUACGAGGCCAGCAAGCCCCAGGCCCAGCCUCGGCCUUUCCCCCAGCAGCCACGCUACGAGGCCAGCAAGCCCCAGGCCCAGCCUCUGCCUUUCCCCCAGCAGCCACGCUACAAAGUCAGCAAGCUCCAGGGCAGUGAAGCCAACUCUCCAAGUGGAGGUGUGCUGCAAACCAAAUCUGGCAUGUGGGACUUGGCUGACCCAAGAAGUUUCAGACCCAUUCCAGUUUCAUUAAGAAAUCUCUACAGGUGGCCACAGCAACAGGCACCCAUCUACAACAGAUGUUAGCAAUAGGUUCUGGCCUCACCUGCAGCUCGUUCUGGCAUGGCAUCAGAUUUUCUUAAAUUAAUAAAGUGCACAGAGCUGCAGUCCCUGGCUAUUGUUAAAACUUCCUGUUUGUUCAGUUUUAUGCAUGCUCUCAUGAUAAACUGAGCUGCUCAGUAGAUCUAGGUUUGUACUGUUGCUACCAUAAUGUUGCAGUAUACAAACUGAUGCACAAAAGGCACUUUUAUUUCCCCCCUGAAAUAGUUAAACAUAAAAUUCCUCUCAGGCCUUAAGCCCCAAAGACUGUAAUUAUCUUACAGUUGUGUAGCUUAGCAAAGCAAACCUGCUUAGCUUUAAUGUUUCAGCAAGUGUUCAGGGUUCACAACCACAAUUUUCACUUCAAGAACAAGGGGUGGAAACAUGGCAGUUUAAUGCCUUCUAUCAAUGGCAAAAAUUACAGUCCAGUCAGGACUACAACCAACCAGAUGCUAAACGGAAAAUGGUGGUAGUCUGCCAAGCAGGUGGUCACUAUUAGGGAUUAGCAUAAACUAAGGCAAUUCAAAGCACAAGCAGCGAUUCUAGCUUUGAAAGGUGUGGGUGUCUUGUUUUUGGGGCCCAGUUGUGAACUUUGAUCAUGCCUUCACCGUCAGUAUCAGGUGUUGUCUUUUUGUGCCUUAAAAGGAAACCGUAUUAACAGGCUCGGAUUAAAGUGUUUUUAUUCUGUAGAGAAUAUUCACUAUUGCUUUGUCUUUGGACAAAAAGUCUUGAGUAUUAAUAUACAUAUCUCAUAGAUGUAUCAUCAAAUGCUACUUUCUUGUCUUUUCACUUUUCUGCUGCUUCUUGCUCAAACACCGUCCCACCCCUCCUCCUCUGAUAGCUGUUAUUAGCUUAGUCAUCUCCAGUUUGGGGAGAUAAUGACAGUGCUGUUUUUUUGGACACUGACUUCCUGUGUGUGUGGUGUUUCUCCCUGUCAUUAAGCAGCGAGUCUGUGUGGUCAAAAUGACACAGCUUUGACUGCAGGAGACGCUUCACCAUCAGAUCCCAGCUCCAAUGAACUCGCUGUUGGUUUUCCAUUUUCAGCUUUCGUAGUGUCUGUUGCUUGUUUGGGGGUUUUACCAUACUUUCCUUUACUCAUAGAUAGAUAGAGAUAUCAUUUAUUGUAAAACUUUUUAUAGAUAUUUUGUAGCACACCGUUUACAGUACAGUGUUGUGGGCUUUGCUUUACA